AUGUUUUAGCAAAAGGACAGAAAAUCUAAAAAAUCAACCUGGAAGUUCUGCCUUGACUUGACCCAUCCUGUGGAAGAUGGAAUCUUCGAUUCUGGGAAUUUUGAACAGUUCCUAAAGGAGAAGGUUAAGGUCAAUGGAAAAACUGGAAACUUGGGUAACACUGUUCAUAUUGAACGCCUGAAGAACAAGAUCACAGUGACAUCCGAGAAACAGUUUUCUAAAAGGUACCUAAAAUACCUCACCAAGAAGUACCUCAAGAAGAACAAUCUGCGUGACUGGCUUCGUGUUGUUGCAUCUGACAAGGAGACGUAUGAACUACGCUACUUCCAAAUCAGCCAAGACGAAGAAGGGUCAGAGUCUGAGGAAUAAUUGAAGUUUAGCUUUGUACUACAUGCAGUGUGCGAAGUACAAGAACAUCUAUUUAUAAGAACAUGUAACUUAUUGAUGAAUAAAGAUUUUGUACCCUGUUUAACAGAG